UAUUUGAACUGAGAAGAAAAACAAGAAACAAAGAAGAGACUAGUAGUAUAAGUAUUCAUGGCGUUUUUCCUUUUCUCUCUGGGUCUAAAUUAAAUGCAGUUGAAUUGAACUAUUGCAGCAGUUGGCAAUGAAAGAACGACAAGACCUUUCUUCUUCUCACUUCUCACUUCUUCUUACAAUCCCUGUCGCUCUCUCCGAUCUCUGAUAAAAUCUCUGUGCACCGUAAUCUUUAAUUGCACCUGUUCAAGAGCCAGAGGGAGAAAGACCAGAGCUUUUCUCUCCCCUUCUCCUUCAUAUAGAUUCAACUCUGACAUUUGACGAAAGGAAACAGAGUUGUUCUUCAAGAAGAGGCAGAGCAGUGCGACUUUCUUUCUUGGCUCGAUUUCCAGGCUGAUUCCUCGCAUUGCUAUUGAUUCUGCUGAUGAAUGAGGUCAACCAUCUGUUUGCUUGACAAGGGCUUGUUGAUACUUGGUCCAAGGAGAUGAGGAUGGAGAGGGAAGGUGGAAAGAAUGGAGGAGGCUAUACGGGUGGUUUCUUUCAGCUGUUUGACUGGUCUGCAAAAUCAAGGAAGAAAUUGUUCUCAAGCAAAUCAGACUUACCAGAACGAUCAAAGCAAGGAAAGCGAAGCGAUGGAAACUUGCCAACAACACGGCUUCGUCUGAUGGAUGACGACGAACAUGGAGGAAGACCAUGUAGCAUAAGAAGUGGUGGUGACUACAGUUGUGCUUCUUCAGUCACUGAUGAAGACGGAUAUGGAGGAGCUAGGCCAGCUGGAGCAAUAGCAAGGCUUAUGGGACUCGAUUCUAUGCCAACGACAUCCAGUUUCCUCGAGCCCAAGUGCACCACCGCAUUUUCCGAUACCCAGUCACUACGUGAAUCUUCUUCUCACAGUAGCAGGAAGCAAUUCGCUUACUACCAUCAUGACUACCACAGCAUGUACUCGGGCGAUCUGCCACAUAGGCCUCAAAAGGCGGUAAGCAGACCUAUGGAGAAGUUCCAAACCGAAGUCUUGCCUCCCAAGUCUGCUAAAUCGAUCCCUAUUACUCAUCAUAAGCUCCUCUCACCUAUUAAGAGUGCCCAUUUUGUACCGAGCCAUACUGCUGCUCACAUUAUGGAAGCCGCUGCUAAGAUCAUCGAGUCUAGUCCACGAGCUCCUCCUCCCAAGCCAAAGCUCUCUUCUUCAUCAUCGGCACCCUUGAAAGUUCGCAAUUUGAAGUCGAGACUUGAAACCCGUGAUCAUGUGAAGGAGAAAACUGCUGUUCGGAAGCUUAGCGAGUCGAACGCUGCUAAGUGCUUGAAAGGCCAACCUAUGAACAAGAGCUGGAAUGGAUCAACCGUUGAUGCAGCAACUACUUUUAGGGUUUCUCAGGAGCUGGAGGAAGGAUCUUCUUUGUCUUCUGGUCAAAAGAGCAGGGGAAAAUCUGUAUCGCUUGCUGUCCAAGCAAAGGUUAAUGUACAACAGAGAAGAGAAGGCUUGAACUCGAGAGGUAACCGAGGUGUAGAACAACAACAGCAGCAGAAAGAGCGACAAAGUGGUGAUGUGGCAACAAGCCAGCAGCCAUUCAGGAGUCAGCAACCAAAUUUCCAGAAGAAUUCAUCUCAGAGGUCUGCUUCUUCGUCACCAGUGCUUAGACAGAAUAACCAGAAACAGAAUUGCUCAAUGGAGAAAGAUAAAUCAUCCCCAAAGCCCUCCAUUUCAAGUGUCCAGGGUCGAAAAGUAAACUCAGUGAAUCCUUACGAGCGACCCAAAGCUUCAGGAAAAUCUUCUGCCGGUUAUAGGUAUGGGUCCAGGAAAUCAGGCACAGAUGAGGGUCGUUCAUCAAACUACACUAUAAAGAACACUCCCCCAAGGAAGAAACGGUUAAUAGAUAACAUGUCGAUUGACAGAAGCCCAACGGAGGAAGCUGAGAACUUUACUUGGGCGGCAGAAGAGAGCAAGAGGAAAGGAAGUGAUGUAGUGUCAUUCACAUUCACAACUCCUCUAGCAAGAUCUUCAUCAAUGCCCGAAACGCCGAAUCGUAGCAAGAGAUUGUUGGUCGAUGCAGAAGCCAUAAAUUUGUCUUCAGGAGGAGAUGCUCUGACUUCGCUAUUGGAGCAGAAGUUGAGGGAACUAACUGAUGCUGUCGAGUCCUCUAGACGCAAUACCAUUAGCAAAGUUGGAUCAGCUGAUGUUAAGGAACAGCAGAAGCAGCAGCAACUACUAUGUCGAGAGAAAGUGGUUGGGGGCUAUGGGGCUAAUUCGUUUUCACCUGAUCCUGUGGCAUAUAGAUUCAAACCUAUAUUUCAGCAGGGGGGAGUCGAUGCAAUGGAGGAAUGCAGCAGCAGUAGCAGCAAAUAUUACGAUGCUGAAAAGCUGCUAGAUUGCAGGCGGCCAAGCCCGAUCUCGGUUCUUGAUCAUUCUUUCUCAACUGAAAGCAGCUGCACAUUGGAGAGCAUGGACAGUAGCAGUACAGAAGGCAAGCAGUGCUCAUCCUCUAUUCAAGCACAGGAAGUCCUUAGCUUUACUUUCCCAAAGAAACGUCACCAACCAUAUGCUGAUGCAGAGCUACUUGAUUCAGCUUCAUCUACAAGCUCUAACACAUUAUCAGACUUCAAUAAACAAAGUAACUGGGAGGGUGAAUACGUGAAGAAGAUGCUUGUCUAUCUGGACUUGAUGUUCCAUGACUUUGCAAUUGGUAGGUCCCGUGAGGUCGUGAACCCUCACCUCUUCAUCCAGAUAGAGAAAGACCACAGUGAUCAGUCGAAGCUUGAAAAGAAGGCGCUGUUUGACUGUGUGAGUGAAUGCCUGGAUUGGAGAUGCAGGAGAUACAUCAAUGGAGGGUACAAAGCGUGGGAAAAGGGAGUUACAGUGAUGAGAAGAAAAGACUGGUUGGCCGAGGAAGUGCAGAAAGAGAUUGUGUCGUGGAGAAAGAUGGGAGACUGCAUGGUGGAUGAGCUUGUGAACAAGGACAUGGGAAGCCAAUAUGGGAAUUGGCUUGACUAUGAAGAAGAUGCAUUUGGUGUUGUUGGAGAAGGGAUUGAAGGGUUAAUACUCGAUUCAUUGGUUGAUGAACUGGUUGCCGAUAUCCAGAAGCACCCUUGAUUGAUCCGGUGGAGGAUUGAAGAUGAGGGUUACUCUGUCAAUGACGCGUGAAAGUAUCUGCUGGUUUUUCUGCGCUUGUAAGGAACCAUUGAUUCUUAAACCAUGUCUUAAUUGCUUUUCGGCUUCCUAUAAAUAGGUAAAGGGUUCUUUUAUUCUAUAAAAGAAAAAUGUAGGUAAAGUAUUUUUGUCAGAAUUGCAGGCCAUUUUGAUUCUCUUCAGACCUGGAAAGCACCCUUUUCAGAGGCAUUCAUUACACACUCAACAGACACUCUUCAAAAUCGAAACUUGAUUGCAUUGACAUUUACCUACGGAUAAAGGGUUGGCAAAUUUUCAGCCA